GGUCGUGCUGCUCACAGCCUCUAUGAGGGGCUCUAGAGCUUCAAGGCCCGGAGCUAUGCGGUAGGACGUCCGCGUCUGAGGCCCGCGCUCCUGCAGGAGCAACCACUAAGGAAGAAUGCAGAAAUCAGAAAGUCAUGGAAGCUUGUAGAUGAGAAACCGAGUAACAGGCACCUGUGAACAAAGAACGUCAUCUGGUUCCCAAGUAAAACACAGAUCGGUAAUACACCAAAAUAAGGCAUCCUCCACCAAUUCUAUAAAUUUUGCAAAGAAGCCUCACCAUCGGCCAAAUGAUAAACUUAAUCCUAAAACUAUUGACCCAUUCAGUGAUCAGCCACGUGCCUCUUCUGCUUUUGCUGCUAUUUACUCCAAAGGAGGUAUCCCUUGCAGGUUGGUACAUGGCUCAGUAAAACACAGAUUACAGUGGGACUGCCUUCCUGAAACUCUUCCAUUUGAUCUUCUUCUUAUUACUUUAGCAGAGGGUUUGAGAGAGACUAAACAUCCAUAUACAUUUGUAUCAAAAGAAGGUUUUAAAGAAUUACUUUUGGUACAAGGUGCUACUGAAAAAGCCGUGCCCUUGCUACCGAGACUGAUUCCUGUCUUGAAGGCUGCUCUGACUCAUUCAGAUGGUGAAGUGUUUGAAAGGGGGUUGAAUGCUUUAGUACAGUUGAGUAGUAUUGUCGGGCCUUCUCUAAAUGAUCAUCUGAAGCAUUUGCUUACAAGUCUUUCCAAAAGACUAAUGGAUAAGAAAUUCAAAGAGCCAAUCACCAGUGCUUUACAAAAGCUAGAACACCAUGGUGGAGGUGGCAGUCUGAUGAUUAUCAAAGCUAAAAUUCCAACCUAUUGUUCCAUCUCCUCUUAAACCAAAGGAAUAAAACGAUUUGAUUAAAUGGUGAGAGAUAUCAGAAGCAUGUGAUGAACAUCAUAGGAUCCCAUUUGAAUAAGUUCCUUUUCUUAAUCACAGCUCCUGAUAUAUUUACAUGAUAAAAAUUAGUACACAGAACUGAUUCCAUUGAAUCACAGUAAAUUCACAUUUAUCAGCUUGGGAAAAUGGAAAAUAAUGGAAAACUAUUGAAAGGACUUUUAUAGUGCAAUUUAUGGGGUUUAUCAGUUUUUUUUUUCCCUUGCUACAUUGGUUUGUAUUAAGAACCAGAGUUUUGUUUACAGUUUCAGAUUUGAUAUUUAUAUUUUAGUUAGCAUAUCAAUCACUUAAGUGAUUGUACUAGUUUUUCAUAAUGACUCUGUCAUACUUUGAUAGGUCUAAAAAUCCUACAAAGUCAUAGAAAUUAUAAGAAUUAAACUGGUAACUCACUGAUAAAUUAUUGCUUAUAAACAGGUAUUUUUAUAAUAUGGAAUGCUUGGUGAAAACAUCCAGAAUGUGACUUUUUAUUAGUGUAAAUUUCUACAUGUUAAGGUGUAAAUUAUUAUUUUACAACUUGCUAAAACUAUAGAUGAGUUUAGAUGUUGUAACAAGUAAAUAUUAUUUUAUAUUUCCUUACCUUAAAGAAAUAUGACUUGUGGAAUGGAAUAUUUAAGAAUUCAACUCUUGAAAUUCCAGAUUGUAUUCACAAAACUUUUAGUGUUAACUUGUUAACUCUUUUCCCCUUAAAAUGACUUAAUAAAUAUGUUGUAAUUCUUAAAAAAAAAUAAAA